CUGUCAACUCGGAAGUGUGCAGCAGCAGCAGCAGCAGAGACGAGGAGAAAUAUCCAAACACUCGCCGUCGCCGUGUCCCUGCACAUACGUGUCUCUCUGUAAAACAAGCUGAGGUGUAAGUCGGCCGCGGUCAUGUACCCGAAGGUGUUUUUUUUGGCAGCAGCUCUGGCUCUGAUCGGCGGGCAGAUCUCCGCGGACUCAGAUGGAUGCACUGAUCUGCCAUGUGACAAAUGUGGAGCCACUAGUGAGUGCCAGUGGGUCAAUUGCAGCACAUCAUUACCUGCUAGCUGUCGGAACAUGACUAUGUCGAACGAAACUUGCAGCAACGCCAGCUGCUCUGCCCCAACAAACGAGACAACUACCCCUGCUGCUUCGACUUCCCUCCCUCCCACUACAGUCCCCCAUACCUCUGUCACGACCUCUAACAGCACUACCACAGCAAGCAAUACUUCAACUACAACUGUUGCACCGACUCAAAGUACCAACACCUCCACCUCUACGGCUGCAUUGUCUACUUCAACUGGAACAGUACCACCCAGUACCACAUCCUCCACCCCAGAGAAGAAAUCAACGUUUGAUGCUGCAAGCUUCAUUGGUGGAAUAGUGCUGGUUCUGGGCCUGCAGGCUGUGAUCUUCUUCCUCUACAAAUUCUGCAAGUCCAAGGACCGUAAUUACCACACUCUCUGAAGUGGCUGCACUUUGGGAUCUGCGUCAUUCGACAUCACCACCAACUAGAACCAUUUCAGAGCAAACUCCCCACUCAGCACACACACUCAUGAGGGGGGACUCAAACAGUGUUUCCAAGCAGUUUAUUUUUUUUUUUAAAUCUUUGCCAUUUAUGCAACUUCUUGUUUGGACCUUCUGUCAUUGAAGUGUGUAUAAAGGCACCCACAUAUGGCUGUAUGUAUAAUUAAUUUAGUUUCAACUUGCACAACACAACAGAUCUCUGACUGGCAUUUAGAUCUUGAGCAAAUGGAUUACAUCACCUGGUAGCGACCCACCCCCCACCAUAAUGCCAUUAGUCAUUCUGCAAAGAGCAUUUUUCAGCAAAUUGAGUGGGCUUGUUAUUUACAGCCCUUUUUUCCCACAUGCCUUCUUCAGUUAAUUGCGCCACAUGAAAAAUAAUUAGUGAUGUAUACAGGAAAGCUGUCGUGAUGAUUUUUAGUCAUGCAACUGCAAAUUGUGGAUUACAUCUUUUUCCUCCUCUUUUUUCAGUUUUUUUUUUUUUUAACAUAUGACCUGAUUUGGAAGCACUGUUUGAGUUAGGAGCUAUUCUUAAAUGUGACGACAGAUGAUUCAGAAUUGCUUUUGGUCUGUUGAAAUUCUCUGUGCAGCUGUUUUGCAUGUAUAUGUGGUCAUAGAUUGUGUGAAAGAGGCAGAGUUAUUUACAAGGGAAUAAAAGCAUCGAGUCAUCUGACGUCGGUCCAAAAGGAGGAGGUGGAAAAAUGAAAAAGGAAAAAAAAAAAGGCUUAUUUGAUGAGCGUCUCUUUUGGCGUGUAGGGUGUUUUUUUUUUUCU